AUGGACUCCUUCAUUAUGCAGCCCCGCGACGCCGUCUCUCACGUCUCGCUGCUCAAAUGCGAGUCUGGCAAGUCUGCUGCGGAGCGCCAGAACCAAGAAACAGUCCAUGUCAGACACACGAGUGCCUUCAGAACUGAAGAGGAGAAUGGGCUCUCCGUGGAGGGCAAGAGAGAACUCGAUGCCACCGCGACAGUAUUGGCAAACCGGCAAGAUGAGAGUGAGCAGUCCCGAAAGCGGCUUAUUGAGCAGAGCCGGGAAUUCAAAAAGAACACUCCAGAGGAUUUGCGCAAGCAGGUAGCACCGCUGCUGAAGAGCUUCCAAGGAGAGAUUGAUGCACUAAGUAAAAGAAGCAAAGAGGCGGAGGCAGCCUUCCUCAAUGUCUACAAGAGACUGAUUGAUGUUCCAGAUCCCGUGCCAGCUCUGGACCUAGGGCAACAGCUACAGCUCAAAGUACAACGCCUGCACGACAUCGAGACAGAGAACCAGAAACUUCGGGAAACACUUGAAGAGUACAACAAGGAAUUUGCUGGAGUCAAGAACCAAGAGGUGACCAUCAAAGCGCUGAGGGAAAAGAUCCGAGAGUACGAGCAGACAGUGAGGAGUCAGGCAGAGACCAUCGCACUUGAGCGCGGGCAGAAGCUGCAGGAUGACUUCGCUGAGAGGGAGAGAAAGCUGCAGGAGACCCAGAUGUCCACCUCCUCGAAGCUGGAGGAAGCAGAGCACAAGCUGCAUACCCUGCAAACAGCCCUGGAAAAAACUCGAACGGAAUUGUUUGACUUGAAAACCAAAUACGAUGAAGAAAGCACUGCAAAAGCCGACGAGAUCGAGAUGAUCACCACCGACCUGGAGAGAGCCAACCAGAGGGCAGAGGUGGCGCAGAGAGAGGCAGAGACCCUGAGGGAGCAGCUCUCCUCGGCCAACCACUCCCUCCAGCUGGCCUCGCAGAUCCAGAAGGCCCCGGAUGUGGAGCAGGCCAUAGAGGUGCUGACCCGCUCUAGCCUGGAAGUUGAGUUGGCUGCCAAAGAGCGCGAGAUCGCCCAGCUGGUGGACGACGUGCAGAGACUGCAGGCCAGCCUCAGCAAGCUACGCGAGACCUCGGCCAGCCAGAUUGCCCAGCUCGAGCAGCAGCUGAGCGCCAAGAACAGCACGCUCAAGCAACUGGAAGAAAAACUCAAGGGCCAGGCUGACUAUGAAGAGGUGAAGAAGGAGCUGAACAUCCUCAAGUCCAUGGAGUUCGCCCCGUCGGAUGGAGCAGGGAUGCAGGAUGCUGCGAAGCCCCUGGAGGUGCUGCUGCUGGAGAAGAGCCGCGCCCUGCAGUCAGAGAAUGCGGCCCUGCGGAUCUCCAACAGCGACCUGAGCGGGUCAGCCAGGAGAAAAGGGAAAGACCAGCCUGAGAGUCGGCGCCCGGGACCCAUGCCGGCCUCCCCUCCUCCCCAGGUGCCCCGCGGCCCGGGGGACCAGGCUUCCAAUACUAAUGGUACACACCAGUUCUCACCAGCGGGGUUAAAUCAAGACUUUUUCAACUCAUCCCUGGCCAGCCCCAGCCUACCCCUGGCUCCUACGGGAAAAUAUGCACUAAACUCUCUUCUCCAACGGCAGCUCAUGCAGACCUUCUACUCCAAGGCCGUACAGGAAGCAGGAAGCACAAGCAUAAUUUUUUCAACAGGUCCAUACAGCACAAACUCCAUCUCUUCCCCAAGUUCAUUACAACAGAGCCCCGAUGUCAAUGGCCUGGCGCCGUCGCCCAGCCAAUCCGAAAGCGCCGGGAGCGCCUCGGAGGGCGAGGAGAUAGACACGGCAGAAAUCGCCCGGCAGGUCAAAGACCAGCUCAUCAAGCACAACAUUGGACAGCGAAUCUUUGGACAUUACGUCCUGGGACUGUCGCAGGGGUCUGUGAGCGAGAUUUUGGCCCGGCCCAAGCCGUGGAAUAAGCUGACGGUCCGUGGCAAGGAGCCAUUCCACAAGAUGAAGCAGUUCCUGUCGGACGAGCAGAACAUCCUGGCCCUUCGCAGCAUCCAAGGCAGACAGAGAGAGAAUCCAGGCCAGAGCCUGAACAGACUAUUUCAGGAAGUACCGAAACGAAGAAAUGGGUCUGAAGGAAACAUCACUACCCGGAUCCGAGCCUCCGACACGGGCUCCGACGACGCCAUCAAAUCUAUCCUGGAACAGGCCAAGCGGGAGCUGCAAGUGCAGAAAACCGCCGAGCCAGUCCAACCGUCUUCCGCAUCUAGCAGUGGGAACUCUGAUGACGCCAUCCGCUCCAUCCUGCAACAGGCCCGCCGGGAAAUGGAGGCCCAGCAGGCCGCUCUGGACCCUGCCUUAAAGCCAGCACCACUGUCCCAGCCCGACCUCGCCCUCCUCACCCCCAAGCUCCUGUCCACCUCCCCUAUGUCCUCUGUGUCCAGUUACUCGCCUCUCGCCAUCUCCCUGAAGAAAACCGCCACGGCCCCCGAGGCCAGCACCUCUGCACUGCCCAGCACUCCCUCCCUCAAGAAGGAGGCCCCCGACGUGCCGGGCCUGGACCCCCAGGGCACAGCUGACACCACACAGGGGGUCCUGAGGCAGGUGAAGAGCGAGCUGGGCCGCAGCGGGGCCUGGAAGGACCCUUGGUGGAGCCCCAUGCAGUCUGAGCGGAGGAACCCCGCCUCUGCCGAAGACGCCAAGGCCGAGGAGCCAGCAGGCGGGAAGGACAAAGCUGGUGGCGGCCAACUGAGGGCCGAGCGUGGGCAGCUGCAGGGCCCCGUGGCCGCCGAGUACUGGAAGGAGUGGCCCAGUGCUGAGUCCCCGUACUCACAGAGCUCGGAACUGAGCCUCACCGGAGCAAGCCGCAGCGAGACACCCCAGAACAGCCCUCUGCCUUCCUCCCCGAUUGUGCCCCUGGCUAAGCCUGCCAAACCUUCAGUGCCCCCACUGACGCCCGAGCAGUACGAGGUGUACAUGUACCAGGAGGUGGACACCAUCGAGCUUACCCGGCAGGUGAAGGAGAAGCUGGCCAAGAACGGCAUCUGCCAGAGGAUCUUUGGGGAGAAGGUGCUUGGCCUGUCCCAGGGCAGUGUCAGUGACAUGCUAUCUCGCCCAAAGCCGUGGAGUAAGCUGACCCAGAAAGGCCGAGAGCCCUUCAUCCGGAUGCAGCUGUGGCUGAACGGCGAGCUGGGCCAGGGAGUACUGCCCGUGCAGGGCCAGCAGCAAGGACCAGCCCUCCACUCGGUGACGUCACUGCAGGACCCCCUUCAGCCAGGCUGCGUGAGCUCAGAAAGCACUCCGAAGACCUCGGCCAGCUGCAGCCCAGCCCCUGAGUCCCCGAUGAGUUCCAGUGAGUCUGUGAAGAGUCUAACGGAGCUGGUCCAGCAGCCCUGUCCCCCCAUUGACGCCAGCAAAGACGGCAAAGCCCCGGAGCCCAGUGACCCGCCAGCCUCUGACUCCCAACCCCCCACCCCGCUGCCUCCCUCCGGACACUCGGCCCUCAGCAUCCAGGAGUUGGUGGCCAUGUCUCCAGAGCUGGACACCUACGGCAUAACCAAGAGGGUCAAGGAAGUGCUGACGGACAACAACCUCGGUCAGCGCCUAUUUGGGGAGACCAUCCUGGGGCUCACACAAGGCUCUGUGUCCGACCUGCUUGCCCGGCCGAAGCCCUGGCACAAGCUGAGCCUGAAGGGCCGGGAGCCAUUCGUCCGCAUGCAGCUGUGGCUCAAUGACCCCAACAAUGUGGAAAAGCUGAUGGACAUGAAGCGGAUGGAGAAGAAAGCCUACAUGAAACGGCGGCACAGCUCUGUCAGCGACAGCCAGGCCUGUGAGCCCCCUGCCGUGGGCAUCGACUACAGCCAGGGUGCCAGCCCCCAGCCGCAGCACCAGCUCAAGAAACCCCGUGUGGUGCUGGCCCCUGAAGAGAAGGAAGCUCUAAAGAGAGCCUAUCAGCAGAAGCCAUACCCGUCACCAAAAACCAUCGAGGAGCUAGCCACCCAGCUCAACUUGAAGACCAGCACCGUCAUCAACUGGUUCCACAACUACAGGCCCAGCUCGCUGCAGAGCCUCUUCGGCCUGCCCGACGCCGCGGGCGCCCGGGACUCGCGGGACAACCCGGUGCGCAAGAAGAAGGCCGCCAACUUGAACAGCAUCAUCCACCGCCUGGAGAAGGCCGCCAGCCGCGAGGAGCCCAUCGAAUGGGAGUUCUGA